UUCGAGCUAGGCAGCCUGAAGCUUUUCAAGCAGUUUUUUGCAGUCGUCGACGACGGCGCUGCUGUGUAGUCGACUGGUGUGGUGUCGUCGACGGGCGCGAAGCGUCGCUCGAAGCUCAAGAGCUUUUUCUGCAUCGCGCCUUCACGGGAGUUGAGGCGGAAAGGUCGUCGAUGGUUACCACCCUAUCCAAAGGGGAUGAACGUCGAGGCUUGUAACAGGGCGUGCACGCGUGUACACGUAUACACGCCGACUGUAGAACACACACUGUCGAGUUGGAGUCACUGGGACGAAAAGAGGCUGUAGCGGAGUAGAGAAGGCAUCGACGUGGUCGAGGGUUAGGGAGAGAGGAAGGCGGGGUGUACGACAAGUAAGAGGUCGAGGAUGAAACGGACUGGCGGCGGCGAGAUAGCGAGGACGAAAAUGAGAGAAACUAAACGAGCGUGACGAGGAUGACGGAUGAGCCGAGAGCAGGCUAAACUCCAAUCUGAGAGGUUCGUGGCUACAAACGGGACGAAUGUAAACUAACCGAAAAGCGCGGGUCCACGGUAGAAGGUUUCGCCGAUUGUACCGGAACGAUGCGGUGGAAGAAUAAGCAGAGAGAUUCGGGGAACGAAAAUAACUUUAUUUGUAGCAUAAAAUAAGUUUUGCAUAUCUGGUUCCUUGUUGUUUAAUGUUCGUUUUCGGUUUGAAGUUGGGAUGAGACGGACGAGAAAGCCGAUGGUAAUUGUAGUUUGUUUGAAUUCCUUUUCGAUACGAUUUGAAGCUAGGCGGAGAAUCUUCAUGCGCGUCGAGACACAAGGAUAAUCGUUUGAAAAUAAUUCUGGAUGCCUGCAGGUAAUUUAAUUUAAUAAAUGCAUGGGGGAAGGAAUCGCGGUAGCGACAUUCGUUAUGAAGCGAUCAAAUUUGCAUGUAAUAAAGAGGAAGGUUAACAUAGGUUUUCCGGCGCGCGUUAGCAAUGUUCAGCGUGUCUGGAGUAAUAAUUUAAUACGCGCUCGGCGUAAUGCAGCUACAAACUCACCGCAAGAUCUACCGCGUGCAAAUCUCGUUUUUGUGUAAGUAAAAAUGCAAAGCGGAUCGCGACGAACGGAUUCCCUGUCUAGCUGAAACGUAGUAUACGAAGAGCCCGUCUAUGCCGCGCGCGCAACCGACCGGACCAGACGGAAAAGAGACGAACGAGCUAAGAGGCCGAUUGUCGGAGGUGCAAGAGUGAGAAAGAGAGGGAACGACUGUGCGGUUGGAUGGGAACGAGUGAGACGGAAAAGACGAGCAAAGGGGAGACCACGUGGUGUCGCGGUAAGCAGUGGGAGGGCGUAGCGGACGACGGUGCGGGAGAAGGAGAGGGAAGAGCUUCCCCUCGACUCUGCGGUUGAUUAGUUGAUACCCGUCCGUCGUCGAGGGUAGAUCGUUCGGAGUUACGUCUUACAUGUGUGUGCCGUCGGGUAUUCGUAUUGUGUAACUCUAACGUGAUUCGAUACUAUCGUAAGUAUUAUUUCCUAUUCUAAACGUACACGCGUAGCGUAUGUUGGCUUUCUUCGCGGUGUAUAUUCAUUGUGAAACGAGUAUCAAGUGAGUAGUGGCUGCCACGAGAAAGACGACUCGAAGAAGAAAGUGACAGUGCUUAGUGUGUGCUCUAGCUUCGACUAUUCUUUUCUUGUCUUGUGUCUCCUCCCGUUAUUUCGUUUUUUAUUGCUGACCAGUGAAUAAUAGUGUAUACUGGCUAUGACCUGGGAUACCGCCGGAUAUACCUGAGGAUAACGGAGACAUAUCCAUUACUCCUGACAGGACUUCGUCGUGACGGGAGGAACCAACAUAACCUCUUCGAGGGCCUCUGACGAUAAGAUGUACCCCAGUGCCAGUAUAAACGCUGCGGCAGCUGUGGCUGUGGCAGCUGCGGCACGGCACCCGGGUCCGCCACAGCCCGGACAACAAAUUAAAUUCACAGUCGGGGAAUCCUGCGAUAGGAUCAAAGAGGAAUUCAACUUCUUGCAGAACCAAUGCCACGCCUUGAAGCUCGAGUGCGAGAAAUUGGCCACGGAGAAGAUCGAGAUUCAGCGACAUUACGUGAUGUAUUACGAAAUGUCGUACGGCCUAAACGUGGAGAUGCACAAACAAGCCGAAAUAUCGAAGAGACUGAACGCUAUCAUCGGACAGAUCCUGCCCUUUCUGUCUCAGGAACAUCAACAGCAAGUUGCAACCGCUGUUGAUAGGGCGAAACAGGUCACGAUGACGGAGCUGAACUCCAUAAUUGGGCAACAGAGACCUGACAUAUCAAGACUGCUGCAGCAAAUGCAUGCUCAACAAUUGCCACCGGGGACGGCGAUAGGUGCUCAUCCAGGACUACCCGGACUUCCGGGACUAGGACCAGCUGCUGGACUUCCGGUGCCAACUUCCGCCUCCGCGGCUCUUCUUGGCCUUGGCUUAACGCCGGCUGCUGCCACAGCACCGGGCACGACAGCGGCUCAUCCAUUGUCGAUGUUGAGUAAAACGGAAUUACAUCGUGGUCAACCCGAUGAUUUAAAAAGCAAUGGCGGUCUCAGCUCGACCGAGGAAAGACACAGGAGCUCGAUAUCGCCCGGUGAUAAAUACAGUCGUCCACGCACACCGCAGGAAACGCAUCAUUCCCAUCAUUCUCAGAAUCACCAUGACCAUCCCAUGCACAUCAAGAAGAUGAAGAAGGAGCAGGACAAGGACAUCGGUCAUAGUGACGGCGAGAAAAGCGAUCAGGACCUGGUGGUGGACGAUGCCAGCGAGGGACCAACGAGUCCGGUUGUAAACGGUACUACGUCACCUCGGGAGAAUGGUUUGGACAAAGUAACACCGAUAGGUACCGGAGUUCAGACAAAGAAAGAUGUACCGCCACAUUCACCAAGAAGUGGAACGAGCAGCAAUGCGAGUACACCGUCGGCCAAGAAAAUGGAGGAACGAGAGAAACCAACGACACCGAUCUCGAAGCCUUUGACACCGACCUCGGGCUCGGCGAUCGGUGGCAGUUUGAAACCAUCGGGAUCGGCGAAGCUACUUCAGGGACCACCGCCUCCCGGUGUACCAAGCGCGUAUCCGCCACACUACGCUCCCGGCCCACCGCCUCACCAUCUGGCACCAGCUGGACAGCAUCCUCAUGUCGACAUGAUGGGUGGUUAUAACGGCUACGUGGCGCCUAGAGCACCACCUUCGCUUCAACAGCUCUACGAUCCCCAUGUUGCCAUGAGAGCUCCCAUGGGAUCCGUUGGAGUACCCGGAGGCAAACCCGCGUACAGCUUCCACGUGUCGAGCGAGGGCCAGAUGCAGCCGGUGCCCUUCCCACCGGAUGCGCUCAGCGGACAAGGGAUACCACGUCAUGCGCGGCAAAUUAAUACCCUCAGCCAUGGGGAGGUCGUGUGUGCUGUCACGAUCUCGAAUCCGACCAAAUAUGUGUAUACUGGCGGCAAGGGAUGCGUCAAGGUCUGGGACAUUGGCCAGGGCGGUACAGGAAGCACCAAGUCGGUCUCCCAGCUCGAUUGUCUACAACCUGACAACUAUAUCAGGUCAGUGAAAUUGCUACCGGAUGGCAGAACGCUGAUAGUUGGCGGUGAAGCUAGUCGGCUGAGUAUCUGGGAUCUGGCGAGUCCAACACCAAGGAUCAAGGCCGAGUUAAUCUCUGCCGCCCCCGCCUGUUACGCUUUGGCGAUCUCGCCGGAUUCGAAGGUCUGCUUCAGCUGCUGCAGCGACGGCAGCAUCGCCGUCUGGGAUCUUCAGAAUCAGACUCUGGUCAGACAGUUCCAAGGUCACACGGAUGGAGCGUCCUGCAUCGACAUUUCCGCCGAUGGUUCGAAAUUGUGGACCGGUGGAUUGGACAACACGGUUCGCUCGUGGGAUCUUCGAGAAGGCAGACAGCUCAAGCAACACGACUUCACCUCGCAGAUAUUCUCUCUCGGCUACUGUCCCACGGGAGAAUGGUUGGCCGUUGGAAUGGAGAAUUCAAAUGUCGAGGUGCUGCACGCCUCCAAUCCGGACAAAUAUCAGCUACACCUGCACGAGUCUUGUGUAUUGUCGUUGAGAUUCGCAUCGUGCGGCAAGUGGUUCGUCUCCACUGGCAAGGAUAAUCUGCUAAACGCGUGGCGCACGCCUUACGGAGCAUCGAUAUUCCAGUCGAAGGAAUCGUCAUCUGUGCUCAGCUGCGAUAUAUCAGCGGACGACAGGUACAUCGUUACCGGUUCAGGUGACAAAAAGGCUACAGUCUACGAGGUGAUGUACUGAACGACGAAACCGCAACGACCGAACACCACAACCGAACGUAUUCAUCCGACUUGGAGGACUCCCGUUGGCGUGGGUGUACAUAAUUCUUAUACGAUAUUACGAGAGACGUUUGUUGCCGUUGUUCUUGUUAUUGUUGUUGUUGUUGCUCUUGGUGAAGAAAGGGUCCGUGCAAGAAUGAAAACGAGCCGAACGAACCAGAAAUUAGAAACGCGUGAAACGAAUAAAAGAAUUCGAUGGAAAUGAACGAGACGCGAUUAGAUUAUAUUGCUCGAGCAAUUUCGUAAGAGACUUCGAAACACGUUCGUGACAUCGAAGAAACGGACGAAGCGGAAAUGAAAGACGUUGUUUCGUUCCUCGAUCGAAUUGUCCUUCUUACGAUGAGAAGAUACAGUCUCGUGAAAGAAACGAAUGUUUCUAAAACGGCAGGCUCGAAAAUGAAACAGUUCGUUUGGCUCGUUGCGCGUACAGCCGCCACUUGGGCGGUGGGAUCGCGUAUUAAUUAAAAACAAACGCUGGCAUUCGUACCGCGUUUCCCCCCUUGUACAUUUUGUAUAUACGUAUAUAUAUUAUAUAUAUUAUAUAUACAUACUUCAGUCUUUAAGUAUACCAUGAUAUUUUUCUACGUCCCCUAAAAGUGAGACGGAACGUGAGUAAUGAAAACUAAAAGAAACCACAUAUACAUACACACACAUACACAAGCGCGCGCGCGCGCGCGCACGCACGCACUCACGCACGCACACCGAACAUAAACACACGAGAAACUAAAAAAAAAUUUGUAAAUAUUGUCUGGCUUAGAGAAUAAUAACAGAAUCGUGACGAGAGACGAUUAAAUAAAAAGUGAUACUCGAUAACGAA